GCAUGUUAUUGCAGUAAUCCAUUUCAAUAAAAAUCUUUCUCGAGAAAAAUGCAAAUCAUUAGGACAGGUCAGCCACGUGCCCUCCUUGCGUUUCUGCGAUUAUUGUCAAGGUAGAAAUACAGUCUGUUUUCGACGAGUUGUGCUGGUAGUAUGCAGUGACUGUGAAAGUGGAAACAAAAGCGCUUUCGAAACGCUUCAAGAGAAAUUAGAAUCAGGCACGAUAGACCCUGAAUUAGCUGUUUUGUCUAUUCUACCUGAUUGCCCGCAUGUUGGUAAAAGUAUUAAAGCAGCCUUUGCCAACUGGUGGCUCAAAUGCAAGAGCGAACGUGUCAACUUGGCAUUGAUAAGAACAUUGCGAAAUCGUUCAAAUCAAGAAACAAAGAACAUCUUCCGAAAGCUUAUCCCCAAGAACGAUCACGUUAAGAACAAAGAUAGACAAGAUCCAUCCUCAGUCCUUACCCUAAGCAGCACAAAACUGACAGAUGAGCUGAAAGUUUGUGGAUAUGUCUGUCAUACAAUUAUCCCAGAGCUCGAUAAGUACUCCCCAGAGAACCAACGGGGAAUGUAUCCAUCGCCGAUCAGCGUUGCCAUCCCAUCUUUUGGAUCGAUAGCUUUUUUAUCCUUUGACUCCAAGACUUCCUUGUCAACGCUAUACAAGGCCCGAUUGCAUAGUCCUGUCGACAACAUCAAAGCAAUUGGAAGGAAUCUGACAGCUAGAGCUAUUCACUGUGGUGAUGGAAUCAUCUUUCUUAGUUCGGAGAGUGGGCCUAUUAAAGUAAUUCAAUUUACAGAGGGAGCAAUCGAUAUUUUGUCUAAAGCGAAGAGAAAAGGUGAUUUGAUUAAAGUUGCCCGUCAACUGAAGCUGUCAACAGAGGGUACUGUUCAAGAACUAAAGAACAGGUUGCAACAUUAUCAUACUUCACUUAAAGCCAAGUACGAACAGAAGAACAUUCAGCUUGAUGAAGUUCAUUUCUGGAAUUCUCAGACACAACCAUCCUUUGAAUCUAUGUUCUGCCUUGACGAAGAUGUGAUUUAUGCUGCAAGAAAUGACACCAAAGUGAUCGCUUCUUUUCAAGUAGAAAAAGAUGGCGUUGGUCUACGAGGCGUAAACUUGCAAGAAUUCAUGAA